UUCUCUGGCAGCACCAUAACAAAUGAGGGCAAUGAUGCGUGCACAAGCAUUCGCAACAAACUGAGCUUUGUCUCUCACUUAUUCGGAAGAUUACAUCCAACACGGCCUGAUUGGGAGAGAAGGCCUUUAAAAAAAUAUUUGCACAGCGAAAUGAUGACCGUGAUGCGGUGAUAAAGGCGAAAUGAAGCCGGAUAGCGCAGGCAUCAGAUUUGUUGGGGAGUUAAAGACGGUUUGCAUUAGAAGUGAUGGGGGGAGAAGAUCUCUGGAUCCCCUAUAAAAAACCCCGUGAGAUUCCACCCGCUUGGCCAGACGGAACCAACCACAUCCACAUCCCGCCCGUUAUUGAGAACAUCCUUCAGCAAAAUCAGCAGGGAAUGAGGAGAAAUUGGAGGCAUGCAUGCAUGAAAAUCUGACACUGAUGCACCUCUGUUGGCCUCUGUAACGCCGCGUUAUGGAAAUAGGAGGAUAACGGUAUUCAAGCGGCUUUUUGCUCCUAAUGGCAGAGGCACCAAAAUAAACCUGUCGGUCGAGAGCACGUGCUUUUGUACUAGGAGUUUGUCUGAUCAGACCGACGGAAUGGUGUCUUUGAGAUGUCACAGGAGCAGGUAUAUAUGGGCCACUCUGGGAGUGCUGGCGUUGUUGUGGCUCUAUAUCUUCCCCGUGUAUAAGCUUCCCAGUGACAAGGAAAUGGUGGAUGAGGUUCUGCGGCAGGGACAAACAUGGACCAGAAACCAAACGGGAGUAGAUCUGUACAGGAAGCUGCUGACAGAAUGCUGUGAUCCAAAGAAGAUGUUUGCGAUUACUAAGGAGAACUCUCCAAUAGGCAAAGUCUUGUGGUAUGAUGGGGAAAUCUACCAUUACCACACGGUCAACAAUGAAACCUACCCGUUAUUUGUCCAGGAUACACCAUUGCAUCUUCCUCUAAAGAAGUGUUCGGUUGUGGGCAAUGGAGGGGUCCUGAAACACAGUGGUUGUGGAAACGAAAUUGACCAAGCUGACUUUAUCAUGAGAUGUAACCUUCCUCCCUUGUCCAAAGAGUACACCGCUGAUGUUGGUACUAGAACACACCUGGUGAGCGCAAAUCCUAGCAUUAUUGAAAAGAGCUUUCAGAACCUGCUUUGGUCCCGCAAAUCCUUUGUAGAGAGCAUGAAGGCAUAUGGUUCCAGCUACAUCUACAUUCCAGCAUUCUCUAUGAAGCCCGGCACCGACCCCUCCCUUCGGGCGUACCACACCCUUGCAGACACCGCCUCCAGCCAGACUGUCCUCUUCGCGAAUCCAGACUUCCUUAAAAAUGUGGGCCGAUUCUGGAAGAACCACGGCGUCCAUGGCAAACGGCUCUCCACGGGGUUGUUCUUGGUGAGCCUUGCCCUCGGCUUGUGUGAAGAGGUGACCACGUAUGGUUUUUGGCCAUUUUCGGUGGGGCUAAAUGAGCAGCCGGUCAGCCACCACUAUUAUGACAACAUUCUCCCAUCCUCGAGAUUUCAUGCCAUGCCUGAGGAGUUCCUGCAACUCUGGCACUUGCACAAGAGCGGCACACUGCGCAUGCGGGUCGGCUAUUGUGCGAAAGAGGGGCCGGGAGCUGAAUAGGGGAAAAUAAGUGCGAGGGUUGCCAGGGGCAACUCCAUUUAUCCCCACGGGAACAGGACGGCCAUCCUGUGAUUAGCAUGAGAAUACUGAUGCCCCACCCCCCAAUCUGGGCCUCUCUUUGGUGUCUAUAUGCUUGACCCUCAACUGCUACUUAACACCCUUCCCUCUUGUUGCCAAGGGACUGUUGAAAAAGACUUGCAUGCGUACCCAUCCUCAUGUAUGCGCUCACUGGAAGCUUGUGUUUCUGUAGAAGUACCGGGGUGAUGGGGGCUCAGGUGUCAUGUGACCUAUUUAAACUGCAUCUACCAGCAGCUGGACCCUUGAACCUAGGGGCUAUUUGUUCACUUAAUGCUUCAACUAGGGGCUGCUUCAAACAAUGUCUUAAGAUCUUUAAAUGGGAAAUCAGAAAAGGAGAGCAAUGCUUUGAUCGCAUAUUGUCUUGGACUGAUUCAAUGUGAAAAUCGUUCUCGCAGUGUUUGAAUUUCUACAAACAGGUUUAGCCUGUAAAAGGGAAAAAGAAUGGCCUUGAAUGUAAACGCUUAAAAACCGUUUUAAAGUGAAGGCUGCGGAUCGUUACACAUUAUUGUGAGCAAAUGUUUGUGGUUUUAUUUAUUUUUAACGUUCAAUGAAGCGUACAUGACGCAGUGUUUUGUCAUGUUUGGAUUGGGAAGUCAUGGUUUGAGAGACCACGUCCAAAUUGAAGACUUCCACAACAAUGGAUGAGAGGCUUUGGAACAUGUCAACGCCAUAGAAGAGGGAGUGAAUGGUUCAUGUGCCAAUGAGAGUGUGAAAACCUUCUGGGUGGUUAUCUUUCAUUAUCAUUUGUGUUUUAUGUGUUUGGGAAUCCGGCAUUGAUGUUACCCAGUGUUGGAAUGAGCCAAUUUUGACAUGGUUGAAGAAGGGCCACCAAUCAUACGAUAAACUUUUUUUGCCUGAUAAGGUGCUGGACACCUGGUCUGGAACAUGUAAAUAUUCAAUCACCAGUUUUGUUACUGUUUCCACAAGAAUCUUGGGUUCUCUGAAUGUAAUGGCAGCCAUUUUGUGGUCUGCCCGGUAACUUGUUUCCUUGACUUAUUAAUAGGCGUGUGUGUGUGUGUGUGCGUGCGUGUGUGUGUUAAACUGCACACAGAGAAUUAGGUUUAAAUCUUGUAGGUGCUGUAACGCAUGCACUCCAAGUUAGUCAUCACUGACAGACAGUUAUAGGAAAUAUGCACUAUAAUGUAUAAAGCCAGAAACCUCACUACCAAAAAUGAAUAUUCUUUCAUCAAUUACCCCUAAGACUUUUGUUUAUCUUCAAAACACAGAAGUUUUUUUUUUAUGAAACCCGAGAGAUUUCGUGAAGUCUGAGAACUUGAAUUGACUUUCAAAGGGAAUCUUCCAUUUUGACGCUUUAAAAUCGUAAAAGCAGUCAAGUGGUUUAAUCCAAGUCUACUAAAGACGCGUGAUUGCUUUUAUUGUUUUGACAAAUAUGAUAAACGGAAACUCAAUGGUACUUUCUUGACUGCUGAGAACAAACCUCAUUGGUUCUCGCUUGAAAUUUUGAGUUUGUGUACUUUGGUUGACCAAGUUUUGGAGACCAAAAUCUCUCAGGUUUGUCUUGGAAUGACGUGAAGGUGUGUAAAUGAUAAUAUAAUUUACUGUUUUUUUUUUCCUCUUAAAAGGGGCAAUGGAGUUGCCUUUAAAUGUUUCUGCCAUCUAAAGGUGUGUUAGCGUUCAGAUAGCUAGCUGUAAACAUGUCGACAGUUUAACAAACUUAGCUUGUGAGAUUUUCUUAAAACUGUUAUUCCAUCAUCUAAUUCUACAUUCAGUUUUCUAAAUGUAGAAGUAGAAAACUUGCGCUAAGGCAACACUGAAAAAGUGGACGUGAACUGAAAUGAAAUACGUUGACGUUUUUAGCUAGAAGUGCUUGUGUACACGUUCUUGCGUAGGCUGUUUUGUGCAUUAAUUUAUCUAAGUUGGCCUAGACCUACUGUAGACUAUUUAAUCAUUGACCUGGUCACAUUUCACCCCAAUGAAAAGAAAAAAAACGGACAAUUUUUAGUAAUAUUCACUGAUAGUUGGGUGCAUAAAUGCAUAAAUGUGUACUUCCAAAAGUAUUAACUUUUAAUUGUCGUUAAAAAGGCCUUUUUUUCUUUCGAUUUUGGGUUGAACUGUGACUAGGAGUGGUUUUAACGGAUUUCUUGAGGUUUGCCCUGAUAGCAAAAGAAAAUGUGUGCCGUCAUUUGAGUAUCAUUACCAUAUUUUCACACUUUAUGCCAACGAGUGCCUUUAUCAGUAUUAAAAAAGGCCAAGGACAUAAUUUUAUCAAGGACAAGUUUUGAGUCGAAGUAUUAUUUAUUUGGAGUAUUAUCCCCCAAACUCAAACUUAGCCUCAAUUGUGUGUUUUUUGUUUAAGGAUUUUUCAAUCAACACUUAUUUAUGAGUUAAAUUUCUGGAUGGAAGUUGCACAUUAUCUUAGCAUGUGGUUAUAGAAGGACCAACAUACUGUAAAUUACUGUCUUUUUUAACAUUGCUUAAUUGGCAUAAAACCACACCUAUCAUACAUGAAGCUUAGGAAAGUGUUAAAUGCUGGAGCUGAUGAUUAUCUUAAUUUUUUCCACUUUUUAUGCUGUUUUGUGAAAGAGUGGGGUUGUAGUUUGUAAGUAGGCAUGCUUGACUGUGAUAUGUAAUUGGUUUUUCAAACUGAUGAAACUCUCUAACUAUUAUCUAUUUUCAGUUUUACCCUGCGAGCCAUAUGAGGGUGUGUGCCCUGCUGAAACUGAGCUUACCUCAAAUGUUUAUUCACUGAAAUUCAUUGAUGAAGCUCAUGGGAGCUUGGAUCUUAGGUAUUUAAGUAUGUUUUACUCCACUAAGUUGUAAGUGUGUUCUAUCAUUUCAAUUCCUGGCUCAAGCAGUUGGAUAUUGGUUUUUGUACUUGAGCAUGUAACGAUCUAGUAACAGGAAAUGGGCUGAACGUUGUUUACGGGCCCCAUGAAUUAUGCCAAUAUUGAAAGAAAUUUGUGUGAAAAGUAAGCAAAUGCUGCUUUCAAACAAUAAAGACAUCCUGUCAACUCA